AUGACAGAACGUCUUCGGGAAGUCAGCCCUAGUCUGCAACCACCAAUCAGCCAUGGUGGAAUCAAUGCACGGCCCAAGAUGCUAGAGUCCCAUCGACACAAGGAGCCGCAUCCAGACCUCGCGCAUGAACGGGAUAAUACCAAGUUCAAGCAGGCUCUGAAAAUCAAGAACCCAAAGAAUAGAUUGAAGAGAAUAUAUGAUGCUUGCAAGACCAAAAAGGUCUGUGGUGACGGUGAUGAUCUUGAUGUCCAGCAGCAGCAAGAUACUGAUGAGCAUGUAAAGAGAAGAGAUGGCUGUGGUACUCAGCAGCCAAUUAUUACAGUUGAUGGUAUGAAGAUGCUUGUGGAAUUCAAAGCACCAAAGAAGAAAAAUGAUAAAGAGCAACUCUUUGAGUUAGUGGAACCGAAGCAGAUUCUCUCUGCUGAGAGGGUUCUUCCAAUUCCUCCACCCCCUGUUAGACCUUCUGUUGUGAUGGGCACUUCUUCCAAAAGCGAGGAUGAUUUGACUCAUCAAUUAGCUAUGAUAAUUCGGCAUAAUGAGCACUUGAGGAGGCAAGAGAGAAACGGAGCUCCAGCUCACAUUAUAGAGGACAGGCUGAAAGCAAAAGAAGGCCGGGCUAGAGGAAACUUGAUGUGGAAGCGAGUUGAUUUCUCAGCCUAUACUAUUAUCACAUCAGAUCCAAAUAUUAACAUUGAUGAAUUGGGUGUGCCAUGGAGUAUUGCUUUGAACCUAACAUAUCCAGAAACUAUCACGCCAUAUAACAUUGAGAGGUUGAAGGAACUUGUACUAAAUGGGCCUCAUCCUCCCCCGGGGAAGACAGGUGCAAAGUACAUUAUUAGGGAAGAUGGUCAGAGGCUUGAUCUUCGUUAUGUGAAGAAAAGCAGUGAUCAACAUUUGGAGCUUGGUUACAAGGUGGAGAGGCACCUCAAUGAUGGAGAUUUUGUUCUUUUCAAUCGGCAACCAAGUCUUCACAAAAUGUCUAUCAUGGGGCAUCGAAUCAAAAUUAUGCCCUACUCAACUUUCCGAUUGAAUUUGUCUGUCACAUCACCAUAUAACGCUGAUUUUGAUGGGGAUGAAAUGAAUAUGCAUGUUCCCCAUUCUUUUGAGACUAGAGCAGAAGUUCUAGAAUUAAUGAUGGUGCCAAAAUGUAUUGUGUCUCCACAAUCAAAUAAGCCUGUGAUGGGUAUUGUCCAAGACACGCUGCUUGGAUAUCGCAAAAUCACCAAAAGGGACACUCUCAUUGAAAAGGACGUAUUUAUGAACAUAUUGAUGUGGUGGGAAGACUUUGAUGUAAAGACUCCUGCUCCUGCCAUUCUCAAACCAAGGCCUAUUUGGACUGGGAAACAAGUUUUCAACUUAAUUAUCCCAAGGCAAAUAAAUUUAAUUCUUUUUUGUUCCUGGCAUUCCGACGAAGAGAAAGGAUUUGUUACUCCCAGUGAUACUGUGGUCAGGAUAGAAAAGGGAGAGCUUCUACCUGUCACACUUUGCAAAAAGACUCUUGGAACAGGCUCGGGAGUUCUGAUUCAUAUCAUUUGGGAAGAGGUUGGUCCAGAUGCUGCACGCAAGUUCUUAGGUUAUACACAGUGGCUUGUCAACUACUGGCUUCUUCAAAAUGGUUUUAGUAUUGGAAUUGGGGAUAUGAUUGCAGAUGCAGCCACAAUGGAUGACAUUAAUAAAGCCAUUUCUAGAGCUAAGGAUUGUGUGAAGCAGCUUAUUAAAAAAGCAUGUGACGGGCAAUUGGAAGCUGAGCCAGGACGCACCAUGAUGGAAUCAUUUGAAAAUAAAGUAAAUGAGGUUCUCAACAAGGCUCGUGAUCAUGUUGGAAGCCGUGUGCAGAAUAACUUGUCUGAAAGCAACAAUUUGAAGGCUAUGCAAAUGGCUGCUUGUGUCGGACAACAAAAUAUUGAGGGCAAGUGGAUCCCAUUUGGUUUCAGUGAUCGAACAUUGCCACAUUUCACGAAAGAUGACUAUGGUCCUGAAAGUCGUGGAUUAGUGGAGAACUCUUACCUUCAUGGUCUGACACCGCAAGAAUUUUUCUUUCAUGCUAUGGGUGGUAGAGAAGGACUGAUUGAUACGGCUAUGAAGACUUCUGAGACUGAGUAUAUCCAACGGAGGCUUGUGAAAGCUAUGGAGGACAUCAUGGUGAAGUAUGAUGGCACUAUUGCUACAAAUGGUAAUCGUACAUGGCCUUUGCCUGUCAACCUCAAGCGGCUUAUCUGGAAUGCUCAGAAGACAUUCAAGAUUGACAUCAGAACAUGUUCUGACAUGCACCCAAUAGAAAUUGUGGAAGCGAUAGAUAAGCUGCAAGAAAGACUAAAAGUUGUGCCUGGUGAUGAUGCUAUAAGCAUUGAGGCUCAAAAGAAUGACACCUUGUUCUUUAAUAUCCAUCUUCGUGCCACAUUUGCUAGCAAGAGGGUCUUGAGGGAAUACAGGCUUACAAGGAAAGCAUUUGAGUGGAUUAUCGAUGAGAUUGUUUGGAGAUUUUCUCAGUCUUUGGUGGCCCCUAGUGAAAUGAUUGGAUGUGUUGCUGCGCAGUCCAUUGGGGAACCAGCAACUCAAAUGACUCCGAAUACCUUCCAUUUUGCUGGUGUCAGUGCCAAGAAUCCUGAGGUGAACAAGAUGAAAGAAUUGGCUAAGAGUGUCCAAUGUGCUUUAGAGUACACCACACUACGCAGUGUGACUCAUGCCACUAAAGUAUGGUAUGAUCCUGAUCCUAUGGUAACCAUCAUUGAAGAGGAUUUGGAAUUUGUCCGGUCAUAUUAUGAAAUGCCUGAUGAGGAUAUUGACCCGAAUAAGAUUUCUCCUUGGCUGCUGCGUAUUGAGCUUAAUCAUAAACUUAUUCUUCACCUGCGCAUCAUAAAUGAUGAAGUUUCAAGAGGAGAAAUACUAGAUGAGUCUGCUGAGGAUGAAGUUUUCCUCAAGAAGAUAGAGAAACAUGAGGAGUGGAUGCUUGAUACAGAAGGUGUCAAUCUCUUGGCUGUCAUGUGUCAUGAGGAUGUUGAUGCUACAAGAACAACAAGUAACCAUUUGACUGAAGUGAUUGAGGUUCUUGGAAUUGAGGCUGUUCAUCGAGCUCUUUUGGAUGAACUUCGGUCGGUCAUAUCGUUUGAUGGAUCCUAUGUAAAUUAUAGGCAUUUGGCUGUUCUUUGUGAUACAAUGACAUAUAGAGGUCAUCUGAUGGCUAUUACAAGGCAUGGUAUCAAUCGCAAUGACAUUGGACCUCUUAUGAGAUGUUCUUUUGAAGAAACUGUGGAUAUCUUGCUUGAUGCUGCUGUACAUGCUGAAUCUGACUACCUGAGAGGCCUGCAGCAGGCCAUUGAACUUCAACUCCCAAGCUAUGUGGAUGGUCUGGACUUUGGCAUCACAUCAGCACCUUCACCUCUCUCUGAGUCGCCAUAUCAUGAAGGAUUGAUGUCCCCGAGUCAUCUUCUGAGUCCAGAUUUUAGGCAUUCCCCCAUUGAUACAUAUGCUUUAUUUUCACCAUCUGUCAGAGAUAUGUCGUUGUCACCUGUUCUUUCACAAGGUGAUUACUCUCCGAUUCCCAUUCCCAUGUCGGGAAGGUACAUGGCUGUAUCACCAAUAUAUACUCCAUACAUUGCUGCAUCACCAGUGAAUGCUUCUACUUCAACAUCAUAUAGUCCACCCAACCUCACCAAUUUACAGCCCAACAUCGCCAAACUACAGCCCAACUUCACCAAACUACAAUCUUUCGUCUAUUGUGUACAAUUCUUCCAACACUUACUCUCCAACCGGACCAAGGAUGACUCUAGACAGCCAGACUCCUCCAGACUACAGUACAACUUCGCCGACUUACUCACCGACUUCACCAUCAUAUUCAUUACCAACUCUGUCAUACAGCCCAACAAGCAGUCAGGUUCUUCCAAAAGCUUUGUAGUUGAGUGUGAAGCUCUUAGUAAGAUCAGCCAUCGUAACUUGAUCAGCGUCAUAACCUGCUGCUCUAGUUCUGACUCGAAACAGAAUAAUUUCGAAGCCAUUGUGUUCGAGUUCAUGCCAAACCAAAGCCUUGACAAGUGGCUACAUGAGCUUAAUCCUGAUUCAGAUGUGUCCAGACCUAUACCAGGCCUGACACUACUGCAAAGAUUGAACAUUGCUAUCAAUGUUGCCGAUGCUAUGGACUAUUUGCAUAACAAUUGCGAGCCCCCGAUAGUCCACUGUGACCUGAAGCCAAGCAAUAUUCUUCUGAAUGUGGACUUUGUUGCCUGUGUCGGAGAUUUUGGCAUUGCAAAGAUUCUUUCUGAUUCAGAAGGUGAUCCUGUGAUCAAUUCGAAUACCUUCACCGGAAUAAGAGGAACAGUUGGAUAUGUGGCUCCAGAAUAUGGGGAAGGCGGCCAGGUCUCCUUGUGUGGAGAUGUCUUCAGCUUUGGAGUUCUGCUCCUUGAGAUGUUUACAGGGAAGGCCCCAACCGAUGCCAUGUUUGUGGAUGGAUUGACCUUACAGGGCUUUGUUGAGAUAGCAUUUCCAGAGAAGCUGAUGGACAUUGUUGAUACUGCUAUCCACUGA